AUGGAAACCGACACGGCACAACUCAUAAAGUCCUGCAAGAAGUUGGAAAGAAUCCUCGAAUCACUGCUUCCUAAUCCCUCCCGCCCGUCUUCCCUUGUAAUUGGCAAAGAAGAUUACAAUCCUCACAUCUUUGAAACAGAGUUACUUCGCCUCGGGAUCGAACUUCAUCAUAUAGUUAUCGAAACUGGAUCUAUAUCACCUCCUGCCAAGACCUUUUUCCUUCCAAAGACUGACUUUACAGAGAUCUCCGAUGCCUGCAAACAAAAUACCUCUUGGAUUAAAGUUUGCUGGGGCGAGGCUAUUCAUGCGGCGGCCAAGCCGAAGGGUGAAAGAAAACUCUUCAGUGACAAACCCGAGCUUUUCGCACUGGCCCUGCUGUUCGAUUUUGAGGAAUACUCUUUUGAAGGAAAGAAAGGCCUUGAUGGCUCGUUUAAUUUGGACUCGUUUCAUUUUCGCCGUCCACCUGAAGCAGUACAGCCAAGCCGGUACGGGUGGAUGUGUGAUCAUGAAACUAAGGACAUACGCAGCAAUCCCCGAUUCAAAAGAGAAUUCCAAGUAUUGGAUACGGUGCCCGACGAGAUGCGACACUUUCGUCGGAGGAGUGUCCACACUGGAGUUACCCGGUUGAGUGGUGGAGACGAGCUCCUUGUGGACUAUCGAUGCCAUGUAUGGGCCUAUAACUGGGUUGGACAAUGCGGCAACGAUUCACGGCCCUCGAGAGAUGAAAUAGUAGUCUUGGUGUAUACGAUGUUGGAAUCCAUGUUGUGCGCAACCCACAAUGCCGGACAACGCAGUUACAACCCCAACUUCCCGACACUACUCUUCCUCUCAGAUCAGUUAGGCCAUUGCCGCAUUCUCAGUGGAUACUAUGACGGGAAACUCCAUGUUGGUUUAACCCGACUGUUGGAUUUCUCAGAGUAUGCUUUAGUCCCGCCUGCUGGCAUGUCAUACCUUGAAAGCAUCGACCAAGACAAAUUUUACCAGAUGAUGAAUAUGCUAUUAAAGUGGGCAUGGCCAGUUGCGCUGGAUAGUACGAAUGAGGAAAAGGACAUUCCAGUGAUCGUAGAUCUUCCAUGGAAUGAUCAUCAAGACACGGAGAAGCCAGACGAAAGCCAUGACGAUUGGGUGAAGGUUUGA